UUCCGCUUCCGGGUCGUGGCUGGGGCCGGGGGGGCCUCGCUGCAGCUGCCGCAACCGCCAUCGCCGCGAUGCCGAAAGGAGGUAGAAAAGGAGGCCAUAAAGGCCGAGCAAGGCAGUACACAAGUCCUGAAGAGAUUGAUGCACAGCUCCAAGCAGAAAAACAAAAGGCAAGGGAAGAAGAGGAGCAAGAAGAAGGUGAAGGAGCAACGGGGGACCCGAAAAAGGACAAGAAGUCUUUAGAUUCAGAUGAGAGCGAUGAAGAUGACGAAGAUUAUCAGCAAAAGCGCAAAGGAGUGGAAGGGUUGAUAGACAUAGAGAAUCCCAACCGUGUAAUUCAGACAACCAAAAAAGUAACUCAGCUGGACCUGGAUGGACCCAAGGAGCUCUCACGGCGAGAGAGAGAGGAAAUAGAGAAACAAAAGGCAAAAGAAAGAUACAUGAAAAUGCACCUAGCUGGUAAAACAGAGCAAGCCAAGGCAGAUCUUGCCCGACUAGCCAUCAUUCGGAAGCAAAGGGAAGAAGCUGCCAGGAAGAAAGAAGAAGAAAGAAAAGCAAAAGAUGAAGCGGCCAUGGCAGGUAAAAGACUGCAGUCACUGUCCCUUAACAAGUAAGCACAGGACAUGCAAGAGGAGGAAACGCCAGGGAACCGUGCCUGGUGCCUGCCAGGACCUCUGUCGUGUUGCAUACCAUAGGUGCCACGUAGGGUGUGCUGCGGCAUCGAAGUCACCUUCACCUCCAAGAGACACUGACAACGUGUUUUGUCUUCAUCCUGGCACAAUUUCCAUUUGGGGUUAGGGGCAGCUGCUAUCCUCGGUGCAAAACUGUGCUGAACAGCAAUUCUCUGUAACAGUUUGAAAACCUGAA